CUGAAACAGUAGCCGAUGAUUAAAGAGGAGGGACGGUAUUGGCCAGUCACUGAGCAGGGGGCGGGGCUUGCUGCGGUACAGGUGGAGAUGAGGGAGUGCAGCUGGAGGAGUCUUCUGUUACCAGGAAGUGGGUCGUGUUAUUUAUAUUUCAGCACAGUGGAGGAGUGAGGUUGAAACAGGACACCUGCACAGUAUCCCACAAUCCUCUGCACACCGCUCACCUGAGGAUGGACGGAGGAGGCCGGGCGGCAGCACAGCGGCAUCACAGCAGCAGCACAGCCGGGGCUCUGAGGGCAGAGUGAGAUUCACUGAGUAAACCUGGUGGAUCCUGCAUUCAGUGUUUAGCUCCACUCCAGGGGCGCUGUGAUGAAGAUCCAUAAGAAGAUUCUGACACACUACCUGUCCUGUACUUCACCUGUUGAUAAAGAGGGUUAUCUGUACAAAAAGAGAGAGCGGAACACCUCAUACCUGCGUCGCUGGUUCGUACUGAAGGGGAACCUGCUGUUCUAUCAGGAGCGUCCUGCUGACCGCAGUCUCCUGGGGGUCAUCGUUCUGGAGGGCUGCGUGGUGCAGGCCGGAGAUCCAGACGGACUGUUCUCUUUCUCUUUAGUGUUCACUGGACCAGGCCUGAGAACCUACAGACUCGCUGCAGAAGACCACCUGACCCAGGAGAGCUGGAUCAGCGCCUUACUGACCGCCAGCCACAUCUACAUCUCCCUGCUGGUUAAAGAUCUAGAGAGACUUUACAAAGAAGCUAAGCAGGAGAAAAGUCUCGCUGGCUCCUCCCCCUCCUCAGUGACUGGGUCAUGCGUUAGGGCCUCCAGCACUGCCAUGGCCUUCAACACGGGCCCACCUUUCUUCUUCCAGAGACCCCCAGCGUUACCCAGAGAGAAGAGAAGCUACAGCGCCAGUUCUGCCCUGCAGAGUCCAGCCGUCCACACCCCCGUCAGAACCACCAACAAGAGAUCCCCCAAACUCUGGCCCAAGAGGAACGCCCACGUCACGCCUCUCAACGGCCCCGCCCCUCCACACGGGGAGUGGCCUUUAAUGUGCUUUGAUCCACUGGAGGAAUUCAGUAAACUGCAUGAGUAUUAUGGAAAUGAAGUCAAGCAGCUGAGAGCUGAUUGGCUGAAGAGUAAACGGUUGGAGGAGGGGCAUGUUGAAGAGGAUCUGAUUGAUUUAGGAUAAACAUUUAAUAUAAAUUAUUUAAAAUCUGCUGCCUUUUUUACCUCACUUUUCUAAUUACUCCAAAUCCAGUUCCUCAUCCAAGACAUGUUUGGUGUCUGAUGUUUGUGCCUAUGCUACAAAGAUAAUGUAGCUAACAAGUAAUGGAAUCUUAUCGCCACCAAUUAGCCUGCUGCUACAGCAUGCCUAAAUUAUCUCGCAGACUUUUCUCAAACCAUGUUCUAAUAAAAAUAAUAUCUCUACUGACGUUCUGAUAUCAUUGAUAUAUCCAGAAUGAAGUUCUAAUAACAUUAAUAUCCAGUAUGAAGUUCUAAGUACAUUUAGCAUUCCAAAUGAAGUUCUAAUAACAUGAAUAUCCAGUAUAAAGUUCUAACAACAUUAAUAUCCAGUAUAAAGUUCUAAUAACAUUAAUAUCCAGAAUAAAGUUCUCAUAACAUUAACAUCCCAAAUAAGGUUCUAAAAUUAAUAUCCAGUAUGAAGUUUUGAUAACAUUAUAAUCCAGUAUGACGUUUUAACAGGAUUACUAUGCAGAAUAAAGGUCUAAUAACAUUAAGAUCCAUUAUGAAGUUCUAAUAAAAUUAAGUAUCCCGUAUAAAAUUCUAAUAUAAUUAAUAUCCAUGAUUAAUUUCUCAUAAUGUUAAUAUCAAGAAUGAGGUUCUAAUAACAUUAUUAUCCAGUAUGAAGUCCUAACCGCAUUAGUAUGAAGAAUAAAGAUCUAAUAUGAUUAUUAUCCAUUAUGAAGUUCUAAUAACAUAAAUAUCCACAAUGAAGUUCUAAUAAAAUUUUAUUCAACUGUAUUAUUCACAAUGACGUUUAAAUAACAUUAACAUAACAGCAAUAAUAUCCAGUAUGAAGUUCUAAUUACAUGAAUUACCAUUAUGAAGUUUUAAUAACAAUAAUAUCUAGUAUGAAGUUCCAAUAACAUUUAGUAUUCAGAAUGAAGUUCUAAUAUCAUUAUCCAGUAUGAAGGUCUAACAACAUUAGUAUGCAGAAUGAAGGUCUAAUAAUAUUAAGAUCCAUUAUGAAGUCUAAUAUCAUAAAUAUACAGUAUGGAGUUUUAAUAAACACAUAAAAUUACAUUUAAAUUGUUCACAAAUGCUUGACUUUCACAAUCAGUAAUAUUCAGAUAAUAUUUAUCUUGUAAAUUACACAAUCAGUAAUAUUCAGAAUUUCAGAACUAAAAUUCUUAUUUAUUAGUACUUGCUAUUUAUAUGUACUUGCUAUAAUAAACUAUAAUUACUCAUAGUCAUAUUUAUUUAUUUAGUUUAUAUAAAAUAAUAUUAAAACAGCAAUAUUUCCAAAUAAUUGAUCAGUUGUGUAAAACCACUCUUUUUUCCAUGUUUCUAUGUUCAGACACCUGGCAUGUCCUGGCUGGUCACUGUAUUUUGGGUAAGGAGCGAUGGGGAGUUGUUAAUUAGAUUUUAUCAAGAUUAAUAUUAAAGCCAUAAAAUGUAGUGUGUAUUUAUCCUGAGGGAGAACAGAUCAGGCUGUUCUCUGGUCAUUAUGGGACAGUUUCAGGGUGACUGAUGUGCAGUGUUUCUCAUAAAACAAACCCCAGUUCCUCUUCUGUUCACCUCACUCCACUACACUUCUUUAUUUCUGUCACAGACUAAACAGGAACUGAGAUCAGCAGCUGUUAACACACCUACAUGCCCUCAAACACCGCUCAGUUCAUAUGAGCUUCAGUAUCUGAACUACAACCCCAGUUCCGCGAAACACGGGACACUGUGUAGCCUUAUAGACCCACGUUUUAUUCAGGCCCGAAGAUCACCAGCAUCAAAUACUAACCUUCAGCCCUGUCCCAUGUACCCAGGGAUUUCUCCAGAUAAUUUAUCACAGCAUGGUAAACAUGUCUUAUUUUCAGCAUCUGAUUUGUGUUCUUAAGUUCUAGUGUUAAUAAAAUGUGGGUCUAUGAGAAAGUAAUUGCAUUUUAUUGACAUUUAUUAACAUUUUACAUAGCGUCCUAACUUGGAACUGGGGUUGUAAUUCGUUUGUUCCAGUAUAGAUCCACUUAUUAAAAAUGAUAUGAAUGUUAAUGAUGUGAAUGGAAGCUAUCCACUUCGGGUGGUGCUGUGUGAUUGGUUGAUUUUAGAAUGUGACUGUUUUGAUUUAUCAUGUUGUUUCCCUUUUUGUCAGUAUAUCAUAAUAAAGCCAUACUUUGAUAUGACUGUA